AAAAGGCCAAUUCGCCGCAUUACCACAGUCACACUUGUAGUUUUCCGUGAACUUUUUUGGAACAGGCUAUGUCGUUGGGCAACGCGGGGCGAAUUGCUAUCUGUUGGACUGUUCUGACCGUUGGAGGAGUCUACGCCUUUGUGCUGUCAAAGAAAUCCGUAGAAACCCGUCGUUACGAGAGCAUGCAAGUACGAGAACGCAUGCGAAAGGCCAACAAGGGAGAAUACGACGCAACCGCCACAGACAGGCGAUUCGACUACUAG